UUGGUUCGGUUAUUAUUUUGUCUGAGUUCCUGUUGCUGUUGUUUGCGGAGCGGAGCGCCGGUCGCGCAUUCGAGCUGCUCCCGUGCGCGCAUAGCUUUCGUUCGUUGUGUCUGCGUGGUUUCGUAUUGAAUGACGAUUGGAACACCUUCAAUGCUGUUUCCCACGCCGAAUGGGAGUUCGCAAGCCGACGCCAGAGCUUACGUGGGGUAUACCGUCUACCAGCCACAGACGCGUCACAUUUGCCGGCGUGCGGUGGUCUGCUAAGCCUUGCCUCGUUUACUACGAGGAUUGGCUCGUCCGGUGGUGCGGCAGUACAUUGGCAAAAUGUAUCCCGUCCGCGCGCUCUUCGUCGCCAUGACAACGACGGCCGCGUUUGCCAGUGCGGCAGUGCGAAUGUGUCCCGGAGAUGCCGUGUUCCGACCUGCGCCGUUCGGCGGCGAGGAAUUCGCACUUGGAAAAGUGACGCGCGAACCUUACGGCGCGUUUAACGUGAGCGGCUCGUGGUCAUACCUCGUGCCUCGUGCAGCGCGCGACGUGAACGUAACAUUUCGCUGGUGGCUUCCAGGAAGUGACGAGCUCGCACCGCUCGUUCUACCUGCCGGCUACGACGGUAACUUGCCGGGAGAGCGGCUCGGCGACGCGAAUCUUACAGUUGUGUGCCACGGUCUGCCACCGAGGUUGGCGGCCGGUGCCCACGCGCUGGUGUCCGCGCUUCGGCGGCACAGACCGUCGGACGCGCUUCUCGAAGUCGUGUGGAACGCAGAUUGUGAUAGCAGCGCCGACGGCAGCCGCGCCGCUGACAUCUACUACUGCCCGGCGCAUGCCGCGCCGGCCGACAGCGCCCAGUACCAGCAAGCGGCCGGUGACAGUCGCCUGGUCGCGCGUGCCGUGGCGCGAACACUCAGCGGGCUGGUCAACGACCACGGAUACGAGCUCGCGCGGAUACACCUGCUCGGAUUCGGCGUGGGCGCGCACGUCGUCGGAUUCGUCGCGGACGAGUUGCGCUACUUCGACGACUCCGACAAGCUGGGCCGGCUCACGCUGCUCGAUCCGACGGCGCCGCUGUUCGUCGCGAAGCUGGGUUUGGCGCACCUCAGCGGCCCCGGCAGAGCCGCCGUGUCUGAGGCCGUCCACACGAGCAGUGCCGCGCGCUGCGGUUACGGCAUCGUCGAGAGGCUGGCCGACCUCGACGUGUACGUGAAUGGAGGGGAGCGGCAGCCGCGGUGCCGUUCUAGCGCGAUGUGCUCGCACGUCGUCGCGCUCGUGUAUUACGCGCGUACCAUGGAACGCUGCGCGACCGACACGGAGCUGCUCCCGGGAUAUUGGACGCCCGGCAAGCGAGGCGUGGUCCAAGUGCCCUUGGCAGACGUGAGUUGCGUGGUAAGCCAACAUGCGGGGCCCUCGGAAGACCGCGUGCAGAGUUCGGGUGCUUCGCCAGCUACGCGCAAACCGUGUGCUUUCGCGUGGGGCCUUGUAGCAGUCGCGUACCUGGUGGCUGCAGGCCGCUGGCGAUGCUAAGUUGACCGCAAGACUACGCGCGGUUUACUAUCUGAUUGACGAACGUGGGUAGCGACACAUCAGUGCGUGCCCCUCGCAUGUGAUAGUUAAAGCGAAAGCAGCUUGUCCCCAGCACGACCUACUGUAUGGGGACCACGACCUACUGUAUACUGUAUACAGUAAGUCGUGGUCCCCAGUCGGCAAAUCCGGAUAACGUUGGUCGAGUGUUGAUUGGGUUUUUUACCCUGUUCCCGGUUUGUACUGGUUUUGUUCGUGCGACAGUAUGUUCACUCAUGCCUGGUACUCUCAUGGUUCACUAUAUUUAAUGCGGUGUUUAGCGUCACUGUCAUUAGGACUGUGUUACCCGCAGAUAUUUAACCUGCAUUUUCUGGCACUAUUUUGUGUCCACAUUUAUAUAUGUUACGGCAUGGCGUGUGUUCCUGAUCCUCGUUUUUCAUUGUGUAAGAGUUUUAUGUUAUAUAUGUAUUUAUUGUGAAAUGUAGUAGUUGGUAAUGCUGUCUGUUGUAAAUUACUUUGCUUGUGGCUUUAGCAUAUUGGUAGAAGCCAAGCACUGGGGGCUCACAAGCAGCCGUGCUGAGUUUGGUAUUGCUAACACCAUGGUUUUAUUUUCUUGGCUGCCCGGCCUAGUUGAUUUUCUUUUUUUCUCAGUGGAAGGACUGCAUCAGACCUGAAAGUGCUGCCAGUAAGAAACGUUAUAUUUUGCCUCCUGCCAUGCCAUGUGCAUUCAAGCAUCACUAGCAUCUCUGUAAUUUACGCAGUGUUUGGUUAAAAUGCUUGUCUUCUAGUUAUCGUCUCUUGAAACAGCCUUAUCAAACACAAAGAUUAAGCAAUAUUAUUACUACUUGUCAAACUGUUCCAUGAUGAUGUAUGCUUGUAGUCUACUAUGGCUACAUGGGGCAUAGGUAGACAGCUUCGGUAGGAUGACAUAGUUACUAACUUGAACUACAUGCCUACCAAUGUCAAAAACAUUCCAUUGGUCUUGCUUUUCAAAGGACCAGCAAACUUGCAUCAAGCUUUAUCGUACUUCCCUUACUUUGAGUAGGAUCUCUACAUUAAUGUGUCGGUAGUGAAAGCUGUUGUGGGCAGAAGGUAUAAACCGAUGUAGAGCAGCCAAACGCAAGGCUUGCAACACAAGAUGGAGUAGUGGCCAGGCUCAUUGCUUGUAGUCAGUUUAGUCAUUUAUAUCGUUUUAGUUUCGGCAGCACUACUCUUCAUCAGCAUAUUUUUAUGUCCACUGCAGGGUGAAGGCCUCUCCCAGCAAUCUCCAAUUACACCUGUCUUGCGCUAGCUGAUUCCAACUUGCCCCUGCAGAUUUCCCAAUUUCAUCAUACCACCUAAUCUUUCUGUCAUCCUCGACUGCGCUUUCCUUCCCUUGCCACUCAUUCUGUAACUUUAAUGGUCUGCCAGUUACCUAUGUGCCCUACACACUACAUAGCCUGCUGUGCUCCAUUUUUUUCUCUUGAUAUGUAGAAUAUCAACUAUCUCUAUUUGCCCUAUGAUCCACACCGCUCUCUUCCUUUCUCUCACUUAAAAUUACACCUAAGACCUAAUAUCUUUCGUUACAUCGCUCUUUUCACGGUGUUUAACUUUGUCUCUAGCGUCCUUGUUGACUUCGAAGUUUCUACCCCAUAUGUUAGCACCAGUAGUAUGCAAUGACAUUGCAGUUUUCUUUUCAGUGGGAGUGGUAGACUCCCAGUAAGGAUUUGAUAAUGCUUGCCAUAUGCACUCCAACCAAUUUUUUUUCUUCUGUAAAUUUUCUUCUCAUGAUUAUGGUCCCUUGUGAGUAAUUGACCUAGAGAAAACUACUCCUGCACAGAUUCUAGAGGCUGGCUGGAGUUCAUGAAUUACUGUUCCCUUGCCAGGCUAUUGAACAUUAAUUUUGUCUUCUGCAUAUUAAUCUUCAACCCCAAUCUUGCACUUUCUCGGUUAAUGUCCUCAAUCAUUUGUUGCAAUUCAUCCUCAGUGUUGCUGAACAGGACAAUGUCACCUACAAACUGUAGGUUGUUGACAUAUCAGCUGUUGGUCCUCACUCCUAAGCCUUCCCAUUUUAUUAGCUUGAAUACUUAUCAGCAUGAAGUGAAUAGCAUUCUAGAAAUUGUCUCCUUGCCUGACCUCUUUCCUAAUAGGUAAUUUUCUACUUUUCUUGUGAAGAAACAAGGUGGCUGGAGAAUCUUUGUAGAUGUUUUCGAAGUUAUUCAAAUAUGCCUCCUGUACUCCUUGAUUACGCCGUGUGUCCAUGACUGCUGGUGUCUCUACUGAAUCAAAUGCCUUUUCAUUAUCUAUGAAAGCCAUACAGAGAGGUUGAUUGUGCUCUGCAGAUUUCUCAAUUACCUGAUUGAUGACACAGACGUGUUCAUCUUAAUUGUUGCUGAAAAAGUGGCCAUGUCAAGGGAAGUAUAGGAAGCGAGUGUUCAGGUGAUCAGGAAGUAGAUCAGUUUAGUCAAACAGAAGUGGCUGUAGUGCUAGCACAUACCAACUACAGCUGUAGUAAAUGCCUUUCCAGUAAAUGUUGUAACGAUAAUGGACAAAGUGGUGGCCCCAUUUAUUUGGUAGUUCAUGGGACAUUUUCUUUGGUACACAGCUGUUCUGCUAGAUAUCCUUGCAAACUUGCGUUCAAAUUAAGUCUGAGUCCUGGCUACCAAUUAGCUUAAUUUUUAGGAUAUUGUCACGCUUUGUCUCCUCUCUUAUUGCAUCACGCACUCUGAUACCAGCAGCACACCCACUUAGGUGCACUGGUCUGUGAUGUGUUGUACCACUGACUCCUGUUUGUAUGAUUUAACCUGGCUUCUGCAUCGUGUCUGAAGCCACACUGCCUUUGGCAUGACUUUGAACUGGGUGUAGAAAAAAAAGUGAGGAAAUUAAUUAUUAACUGCAGACUCGCUGAAUUCUGGCUUAAUGCCACAAUUACUGGAAAAACAGCUAUCCAUUUGAAAGGAAAUUAGAAAAUUUUCAUGUAUGUGCUCCUUUAAGAUUCAUGCAAGUAGAACUAAAAAAAAAAUAAGGCACUAGAUGCUUACAACUUGUGUAUAUUUUGCCAUGCUACACACAUUCGUGGCUACUAAAUAUUGUGGUUCUCUACAUUUUUACUCCGAUCUUGUAGCAUGACAGAGAUGACUGUUCACUUCAUGGACUUUUCAGCAUAGGUUCAACUUUAACAGUGCCAUUCAGUCCUUUUACUCUAACAUACACUGUUCUUAAUUUCAGAAUGCCGUUGCUAAAAUUUUUUAUAUGUGCUUAAACUUCGUUAGGUUUUCAUACCUGAAAAAGAAAUUGAGGGGCCCUGAGAGAAAAGGGCGUUACAGGAAGUGUAGUUAGAAGUCGGUGCUCUUGUGUCUCAUGUACUUGUUUGUGUACUAACUGUUGUUGUUAGAUCUCUUGUUUUUCCACACUGUAAAGACACUUGCCCCGGAAUUUGCCAUGCACGCACAACACUCACUCAUUUUGCUCAGACUCUUGAGAUUUGAAUCAGUGAAACGCAGCACGCACCAUAAGAUGCAUUUCCUUGAACUAUGUAAUUUUGUUUCCAUCACUGUGCCUAUCUGCUCCAUGUAGGCUUUCCUCAUACCACUUUGCUUAUCAGGUCACAAUGAAAAGCAGCUGGAAUUACAGCCAAAUGGUUUACAACAAAGUACUUGGGGAUCUCAAUAAUCUUUUGUUGUACAAGUCACUUCGGUAUUAAGAUCACGCACCAUACCACUUGCAGUAAAGCAUCCUAGGCACAUUCAGAACAAGAAAACUUUAAUACGAAUUCAAGAGAUACUUAGUGAAACAAGUCGCUAAUUUUCUUUUGUGCACUUUGUCUAACCGUAUGUUCGAUGGCAGUUCACCUUAGGGUGUCUCGAUUCACGGCAUGCCCUUUGGCAAAACCAGGGAGAAAUGCAAAGUACAACUGCAAAGAGUUUAAUGGUGCUAUAAUGGCUCCCUUGUCGUCAUAAUUCAUGGUUUUUCUGCAGGUUUGAAAUUGAAGAUAUUUGGUUCAAACCACUGCUGGGCCUUUUCUUCCUGGCCUGCUAGCUCAUGGAAACAUUUUUACGAAGAGCAAGCAAAGAUUGCUGAACUUAACACUGUUUUGCUGCUGCCUUCACCUCUGUUCCUCUGUUUUCUGUUCAUGGCAUGUCGUCACUCAUAUCAGUAUCGAGCAGAUCAACACGUCAUUUUCAUCUGUGACAUAUCUGUCAGCAAUCGAGAGUGGGGGGUAGUGGUGUUUCAUUGUAGUGGUAUUGACUGUAGAGGCAUUCAUAAUGCCUACAAUCAAUAGGAAUUAAGCCAGAACGUGUGGAAUCCUUCGUUAUUAAGGUUAUUUUGUUGCAGAGGCACUCUUCGUAGAGUGUUUCUAUGACAUUAUAAAUACUUGACUAAAACUUGAAGCAAUGCAAAGAUGAAGACAACAAACGAAAACACACAACAGGACGAGUGCUGUUGUAAACCAUUUGACUGUAACUUGUGCUGCUAUGUGUUUCUGUUUGUUGUCUUCGUCUUCUUCGCGCUGCUUCAAUUUUUACUCAAGAUGAACCAACCCACCCAAAUCAAGUUGUUGCUACUGUAAACAUCUUUCCUUUUCACCUCUUCAGGAGUCUUGACAACCUCGGCUUGUCAGGAAGUAAUUGUCACUUUCUGGCUUAUGACAGGCCCAUCCUCUAGUGGUCGAUAUUCUGUCAUCAUCUUUUAUUGAACGAGACUUCUGACACUAUUUGCGUGCAUAUUUCUGGGUUUUAGCCAUGUUUUUAAAGUACCUCACAUCAGAGAAGUGAGCCAUUAUGGUAGAUUUCUCUUUUUUUUAUUUUUUAAUGUGAGUCCUUAAAGGGGUUGAGCAUCCUACCUGCUGUGGCUAGCAGAUCUGCCUGGGGGCAUUGCUCAUCAUGUCAUACUGUGUCAACUAAAAGUGUUUUCCGAAAUUCUUUUAAAAGGAGGGGCCCUGAAAUGAAUGCAGUGAUAUUGCUUGAGGUCGCACAAUUCUCCUAGUGAAAAUCCUUACAUGCAGAUCGUGUAGUACAGCGUGCUGUACUCCAAAGCAUGAAGAUUAAGAAAAUUUUAGUCAAACCACCAUUCUGUAUUGUUACUAGUCAGCUAUAAUAAAUGACAGUGUGCUGCUUACGAAAAUUCAACCCUGACUUACAAGUUUUGGCUGAACAUUUCAGCAAGCAUGCACCUAGCAGUUUGCAUUGAGCUGGCGGAAGAAUCCUAUAGAUGUCCUAUAGGGUUACGUUGGGGUCACUGAACAGUCCGUUUUCAUUGAAACUGCUGCCGAUUUCAUUCACAGUCGGUUAACAUGCAUACAUGCCUGCAAGAGUAACUGCUGCAGAAGAAAUGCAUGCGCCAAUCUUUUGAUGCGUUAAUUUGAUGCCUUGCUGAUGACUAAGUAGAGCAUUUAUGUACUUGUCCUGCUUGGAAUUCCUUGCACGUUGUUUUCAGAAGUUGCAGGCUUUGUGUUAACUUUUAUAGCCGGUGCAUAUAUUUUCAUGGAGCAGAAGUACUGUUACGGCCAUCUCAUUUUAAACGUUCAUGCAUGCCACAUGUGUAACCAUUGCAACUACUGUUAGUGUGUAAGCUUCACAGUGCUGUAUAUAGCGCCCAAUAGCACCCAUCUAGAACUUUCAGGUGUCAGUAGAAUUAAUUUUCUGUUUUUGCAGCAGAAAAAAAUAACAAAUUUAAAGCUUUUGAACUUUCAAAAUGAUGCCUAGAACUGAACUAGUUAAGGCAGCCCUUUUGGACUAUGUAUGCAGUUUGUGAAGGGAUAGUUAAUUUCAUCCAGAGAUCUCAUUUCGUUUCUGUACGUGGUCUAGAACCUUGGACAUGAGAUUUUAAUUUUUCCAAACAGUAGUUAUGAGCUAGAAAUUGAGCCGGUCAUGUUUUUCAGUCAUCAGGCUUUUUGGGUGUGGCAGGGCAUAACAUUUAAAAAACUACAUAUUCGUAUAGCGCUCGGGUUAAGAAGAACGCUCAUGCAGCUUGGAGCCAAGCAUUCAGACAGUUACUCCAUGAGAACUUUGUGCUUGUGAACAGUUAAUUUCAUUAAGUUCUCCUACAUUGGAAAAUGUCCAGAAUGGCUAAGGUUAAUUUUGUGCUGAAAUUAAUGGUAUCCAAAGUUAAUAUUCUGGAGCACAUAUCCAUGCUUGCUAACUGAUCAUUUCUUGCAUGUCCUGUAUGUUGCAUGCUGUCUGUAGUGGUCCUACAGACAGUAGGCAUCUCUGCUGCUUCGUGCAAGCUAUAGGGCAGGCAAAACCUUGUGCUUUAUUCUCGGAUGUUCAUUUUUGGAGAUAGUUUGUCACAGGAUUAUACAUUACAAGCGUGAGAGACAUCAUUGUGUAUGAGUGACAGCAUUCUUUGCACAAUGGCAAGAAUGCUAGUCGUGAAAUCCUGUGAAGGUGAGAGUACACCUGAAAAUGAGAAUACCAUCCCUGAACUGGCAUCAGCAGCUGUGUGCUUUAGAAGCAUUGGUAAACAGCACAGGCUCUUGGCAUUGUUAGUGUGAUAGCGCAGCCACCUGAAGAAAACAAUUUGUUCACAUAGGCUGUAGGCAUUACCCAGGAGUUUCAAGUUGUUUCAGUGCUUUCCAGGUGUGUGGCUCAUAGCUGCAGUUAGUGAAGCAUGUUGAAAACAUAUUAAGGUAAUCAAAGGAGGAAAACGAAGACUUAAGGUCCUUUUCCUGUCCCUUUUUGCCAGCCUUGACUGCAUUCUGCGACCUCAUAUGUUGUGCACUGACAGACAGUUAGGGUAACUCAAGCCCAGGUGUGAACUUUCAGCUUCGGCGAGGUCUGGAUCGCAUGAAUAUCAUUAUAGCAAAAGGUAGCUACUCCAAUAUGGGUCUAGGUUGUGGUUUGGGCUAAUGUCAUCAUGGAGGUGCAUCCAGCACACAGAUGCACAGGAGGAACAGAACACACACAGCACUUACUUCCAUCUUUUCAUUUCUAGUGAUCUGCGGAUAUUUAUACGUCUCGCACAGUAUGCCACAGAACAAGCAUCCAGUAAAAAAAAUAACCAUUUAGUAAAAAGAGUAAAGGUACUUUCUAGGCUUGCAUUACUGCGUUAUAGAAUUCAGCAAGGAUAAGAAUUUUCAGGCAAGUAGCAACUGCCUGAAAAGUCGCAGUUCAUUAUAUGCUUGUAGUACUUGCCCACUCCUGACAGAAAAGCUAAAUUUAGUCGCUAUUUCGAAUUUCUUUUAUUGUUCUUUUUUCAAAUAAAUUCCAGGGCAGUUGACAGAUUUAUUUUACAGUUGCUGUGUGCGACACAUCUUUGUUCAAGUCACAAUACAGUUGACGCAUCUGAAUGCAUUCCUUCUUUUGAGAAUACUGUGAACAGCAACAAUGUUGGUGAUGUCAUGGCAUUUGUACAGUGGCAGUGUAAAAGGGAAUACUUGAUUAGUAUUCAAACAGUUUCACCAGGUAACCUUUAAAAAAACGUGCUUAAUCUGUGCCAAGGCUUUCGUGUCAAAACUUGGGUUGCACUCGGUACUAAAAUACUAAUUUUGUGCUCCCUUCAAUAAUGAUUGUAGUGUACAUCUAUAACUCGAGAUACAUAAAGUGAUAAAGUGUUAGAGAGGUGCAAGAUUGAUUACAAAUGAGAACAUGAAAACACUGCCGCGGACCUUGGAAUGUAAAUAUAAUUCUACAGGUUAAACUACCAAGGCCUCGUGGAAGUCCUGCUAUUGUUGAUGUCUUCAAUCUCCGUUAGAGCUUCUUUUCAGAAUGACGUGACUGUGAUUGUGCAUUUAAUCCAUGUCACAUUACCACUGUUCACUCAUAUCUAAAGUCACUGUGUUCUGUAGCAAUGUUUUAGUGUCCUUGUUUUUGCAAUUGCUGUGUGUUGAGUAAAGAACUUUAUUUUUUUUGUUUACUAAGAAAGCCACCUGGGCAUUUGUCCACAUUUUAAAUGUGUGAAUCCAGUUCCUGAUAGGUUUAGUGUAAGCACAACAUUUUCUCCACUGCAUGCCUUUCAGUUUUGAAAACCUUGUUGAUUACUUGCAGUGUGCCUAUAGUGUACUGUUGCACCAGGUAUGUAUUUGCUGGGUUGAGUCUAUUGAUGCACGUGUUUUAGUAAGCUAGUCUUCCUCAGCUGUCUACUAAUUGACUGAGUUUGUUGUUCUAUUCUUUGUUGUGCACAUUCUUUGUUUUCCAUUUUGUAGAGGUGUUUUUUGAAGCCGCAAUGUGAAACGUGCUUCAGCUUGUGCACAAUUGUUGCAUUUACCACAUCUUGCCCCUUUCUCUGUGAGCUGGACAGGCACAACUCCCAACAAACUUUGCCUCCCCCCCCCCCCAAAAAAGAAGGCCUGUUUUCGUUCUAGCCAUCAGCAAUGUACUCAUCAGAUGGCAUUGUUGUCAGGGUAAAAAAUGCUUGUUGAAAGAAGAAAAGAAAAUGAUAUGUAUACAUAUAUAUAUAUUAAUUUUCAUGGCUUGCUUUUUCACCAUUGGUUAUCUAUGUUUAUAAGCGUUGACCUCAAUACUGCAAAUCCUGUCCGCACAUUUUACGAUAUGCAUUUACUUUUUCAAGAAAAGGUGGUGUUAUGCUUGAAUAAUUUACAUAAAUGUAUGUUACUGAAAGAUAAUGUGACCAUAUUCUAUAGACCCCGAAGUGGGACGGGGAGGGAGGGGGUUAGGUAGGUAGGAAUGAGACCAUUUAGAUGUCGUACAUUUUUAUUUCAAAUAUGCAAGUGCUAUUUUCGUUUUCUUGAACCAACCCAUGCAAAAACGUUCUCCUUCUUUAAUACUUCUGAUACUUCUGACUGGAAUGUUUCUUCUUCAGCAAAUCUUCCUUUCUGCAAAGAUGCCCAAAGUAUUGCUUGCACGUCAUGCAUACAUUCACCUUCAGCACAAGCAUGGCUUUUAGUGUGGCCACUUUAAGCUGUGCCUUCUCUGCAGUCCAUAUCUUGUUCAUGAGAGAAAACACCCUCUCUACCGGUGCAUUUGUACCUGGCAGGCACAUGCAAUACUCCAGCAGUGUCCUUAGGAAAGAGCUUUAGGACCCUCUCAACAGCUGGCAUCAACUCCAACCACCUGGUCUUGUUAUAGCCCAGAAGCAGCUGGUAUUCCACUGAUACAAUAGCACAAAGCUCUUUGAAAGACUCCACUCCGACCGUGUAAAUGUAAAACUACGAGUAGAUUUUCACAAUCACAGCCGCAAUAUUCAAUGGUAGGCAGUCGCCAGCAGUCUGAAUGGUGUUGUGUACAAUGUGCACAGCGCAGCCAAUUCCAAAGAUCUUGUGAUCCAUAGAAUCUUGCAACCUGAAGAAAACGUUUUUCUUCACGUUUCGCGCAGUACCACCAAAGUUGCAUUUAGCUUGUCAGCACUGAAAGCAACCAGCUUUGAUGUGACUUGGUUGGCUUCGAGUGCGUCCAUGAUAUACUGGCUCAUCAUGGCUGAAGUCUCACCUGGCAAGGUGUCAAUCUCAAAGAGCUUCGUCUGCUCUCCUGUUGUAGUGGUGAAGUUGUAGUGGCAGCACCUUCAAAUCCUUGUGGUUGGACGCAUCACAGAAAACUGAGGCAAAUUUAGCCUCCUGCAGGUCAGUCAUUAAUUCUUCCUCUGCAGAUGGGGCAAGCACGUUCAGAGCAAUUGCUUCUGUCUGUGCGAGCACUGCAAAAUUCUUUGUUGAGCAAUUUCUGCGCAAGCUUUAAAGUACAGCCCAUUGAUCAGAAGCUCUGGUUGUGAGCGAUCGUGUGAGCUCCUUUUCCUCAGCACAUUCCUGUCUGAAGAACCAGGUUGCUGCGCUGGAAUUAGCAGCAGCUGACAUGCCCUGCUUGUGCUUGACAGAGCCAAUGUGUUUUGCUAUGUCCGAACGCCCGCCGUGAGCGACAGAAAAGCCUGCCCCACAUGCAUCACAGCGCAUAUCCCACUCCGACUUACUCUUCAUGAUGAUCGCAUACUCUCUUCCCAGCUGCUCAGUAAAUUUGCACUUGCGUUUCGGCAUUGUGGCUGGCAACACGACAAAACUUCAAGCCUAAAACCCAAAAACAAAGCUACCAUGAAGCGCCGUCGACAAAGGCGGUCAAAAGGUUUGACUCUGAUUAUGGCUGCGGCUCGCUUGAAAAUGCAAGCCUUCGAGCCAUAAGCAGCACGGAAGCAAGCCUUGUCCAGCCUAUCCAUGCCUAUCCAGCCAGCUGUGCAAGCAGACGCGAGUUUGAGGAGGCCACGGACAGCUGGUGCUGCCACACUAUGAUGGAUAAAGCCGCUGGCUUUAGUGAUGGACACAAAAGUUCUUUUUAGGACGUUUUGAAUACGUAUGAUUUUGAAAACAGAAAAAGGAGAAAAAUAAACUUGCUUGUGUUGCUCGUACCAACCAUGUUUCAAAGGAGAUGAUCCUGAGAGCUAUUUAUCAACUAAAGCUUCAUUUGGGAAUGAAAAGCGGGAUAAAAUGCCAUCCCAGCACCUCGGUGGGACGCCGGGACCAUGGCUGCAAAAGCGGGACUGUCUCGCCUAAAUGGGCACGUCUGGUCACUUUACUGAAAGAUGCUUCAAAAGUUGGAUUUAGACUCUCGCAACAUUCAACUGAGUCAAGUACAGUGCUGCAUUUAGUCACACAAUUUCUCAGGGAGAUUUUGCAGCGAAGUUAUUAGCCUCAUGAUCAUUCAUGGCCACUUCUACUUCUGUUGUCCGUGUGUUUAUAGCGCAGUAAACCCCCCUUAUUUACAAGAUGUAAAUUGUGAGGCCCAAUUUGUGAAGCGGACGGCUAUACAAGGUUAUUCUCAUUGAUUACUGCACACAUGACAUAGUUUACGGUGUCAUCUGACAAGACUGUGUGUAGUUUUAUCUCGUUUUUUAUCCCCUGUGCCUGCAUCUUGUUUUGUAGCUACCGCACAGAGAUAUUUGAAAAGACAGUGUGUCGCAUUGAGUGCUUACGUCAAUAUUCAGCUGCAUCCUAGUAAUUCCGCAGCAGAGGUGCAUCAUCACUGACUUGCCUUCUCCUGAUGUGUGUGCACUUCUGUGCGUAUGUGAUCGAUGUAUUCACUCACUGACCUUUCCAUCUGCAGGCUUGUGUCCACGACAUAAGGCUAAGUGACCACUGCACCCCUUUCGAGGCACUGAGUGGACUGCCUGUGAAUGUGUCUGGGUGUGUUUUUGUAGCUACUCACUCUUAAAGGAACACUGAAAAAGGACUACUAUGUUCUGCUGUGGUACGGGAAGUCAGGCAUGCAAACCAAGAGACAAAUAACAUGAGAAGGACAACACAAAUGGUCAUUCUACCUCGGUGUGCAUUUGCGCAUGCCUGUCUUUCUGUACCACGAGUUUGUACUGAUAGGCAAGGGUAAAACGGACACAGACUAAAAAUAUUAAAAGAAAAGAAACCGAGACAUCUCAGCGCCCAUACUGGGGCCUUGUUCACAAUCUUGUGAACAAGGCGCCCGUGCGAGAAUUCUGAACAAGGCUCCCAUAUAGGAGCCGAAACGUCUUGGUUUCUUUUCUUUUAAUGUUUUUGUUUGGCGUCCGAUUCACCCUUGACUAUGAGCAAUCCUGCCAAGACAAGUUUUUGUCGAACUCUUGAUUUUAGUUUGUACUCACUUUCUUGACCUUCAUUCAUUAUAAGUUAAAGCUGUAUUGUUAAAUUACGCUUCUAGGACACCAAAAUUGACAAGUCAUACCAUACGAAAAAACUUGGUCAACCUGAAAAGAUGCAUGAAUGAAAGAGGCAAUGUGGUGGUGAUGGAACCUUGAAGUUCGAGCACCAGCUGGCUGAGAUGUUGUGGAUUUUGGCAGUAUCUUCCCCAAUCUCGGUGACGGUUCUUUAAUAAGAAAAAAAAGACAUAUUGCAUCCUAGAGAACCAAGGACUCAACCUUGGCUUUCUUUAACUUUUUCACGGUAGAAGAGCGGCCUAAGACGUGCAAAAUGACCUUGAAAUGCAUGAGGUCGCUCGCCUCUGACACACCGGCACUGUAGUUAAGCACAAAAGUCAAAAAGGGAAGCCUUGGCCUUUAUUUUCUCCAAUAAUGACCUAAUGACUUGCACUAGAGAUUCGAUAUAAUACUGUGGCAGGGUGUGUUUUUAUGACAGAGAAAGCAAGGCACACAAAUAAGCAAACGGGAGCACUUCUAACAACUCGUGUUUAUUGAAACAUUUCGUGUUCAUAUAUAUAUAUAUGUAUACAUCAUCAUACAAUGAUGUCGUGCCUCUUGUCUAACAUGCUGACAAGUAAAAGGCAAAUUUCUUUUUCCAUCAACAAAAAGAUUGUGUGCUGACGCACUUGGACCUUUCACUACUUAUGGCAUUCGCCUCUCUAAUUUCGUGCGUGCAUUAAGGUAGCUGAUUGCGUAGCAGUUUGAAAACAAUGGUGCGAAAUUGCAGUCAUUGCGGUGUACCGACAAGUGCCCGUCUGUAAUGUGCAACAUUUUGUUUGUGUUCUCUUAGCCAGUCAUUUACAAAGCGGCCCGUCUGGCUGAUGUAGUUGUUUAGCAACUACCGCACAGUGUUAUUUGAAACAGUGUUCGUAUUGUGAACAUUCAGCUGCAAUCUAGUAAUGCUGCAGCAAAGGCGCAUCAUCAAUGACUUGCCUUCCCCUGUUGUUGUGUGUAUCCAGUGAUCGAUGUUCCAGUUCCAUCUGUGGGCUUGUAUUCGCAACGUAUGGCUAAGUGACUGCUGCACCUAUUUCAAGGCAUUGAGUGCACUGCCGGCAAAUGUGUCUGGGUGUGUUUUUGUAGUGGGCUCAUUCUUAAAGGAACACGGAAUGUUUAAAUAAACCUCACUUGUUGGAACCA